CCUUCGAAUUCUUGUAACACGGCGAUCAGGCGAAGUCGGAUGGAAUCAGAGGCGCAUAAAGCUUCAGAUUCUUCUCAUUCUUUUCGAGUUAUUUACCCCGAAAGAGAGCAGAGGAAUCGAAGUUGAAGGGCUGAGUCCUCCCCGUUGGCGAGGUGAUUGCGGGUUUGGCUAGGGGGAAAUGAGAAGGGUGGUCAUGUCUUCUGAAGGCUGAGCUGAUAAGCCCUCUGUAUUUCCUCCGUCCGAAGAAAUGCCAAUGUACCAUAGCGAUGGACUAGAAGAGUCCAUUUCUCAAGCUGAGAGGAAAGAACGGAAGUCCGAUGUGGAGAACUCUGAGGAUGACAGAAGGAAAACAAAGAUUGGAUCUUUCAAGAAAAAGGCUUUGGAUGCCUCUACAAAAUUUACACAUUCUUUUAAGAAAAGAGGAAAGAGUAAAGUUGAUUUCAGGGAUCCUUCAGUUUCUAUUGAGGAUGUAAGAGACACUGAAGAAGAGCGUUCUGUCUAUGCCUUUCGUGAAGAGCUGCUUGCUAAAGAUUUGUUGCCUUCUAAGCAUGAUGAUUAUCAUACACUGCUCAGGUUUCUGAAAGCAAGAAGAUUCAAUUUUGCUCAAACAACACAGAUGUGGCAUGAGAUGCUUCGCUGGAGAAAAGAGUUUGGAACCGACGCAAUAGUGGAGGAUUUCAACUUUGAGGAGCUGGAGAAAGUUCUUCAAUAUUAUCCUCAAGGUUAUCAUGGCGUUGACAGGGAGGGCAGGCCAGUAUAUAUUGAAAGACUUGGAAAAAUUGAGCCAAGCAAGCUCAUGUACAUUACUAAUUUGGAACGCUACCUAAAAUAUCAUGUGCAAGAGUUUGAGAAAGCAUUUCUUCAAAAGUUUCCAGCUUGUUCCAUUGCAGCGAAAAGACACAUUAAUACGACAACAACAAUAUUGGAUGUAGAGGGUGUGGGAUGGAAACAUUGGAGCAAAACGGUGAGAGAUCUUGUGAUGAAUAUUCAGAAAAUAGAUGGUGAUAACUAUCCUGAGACAUUACAUCAAAUGUUCAUUGUGAAUGCUGGUCCGGGAUUCAAACUCAUCUGGAACACAAUAAAGGGUUUUCUUGACCACAGAACUUCUUCAAAAGUACAGUUACUUGGAGCAAAAUAUCAGAGUAGAUUGCUUGAAGCAAUUGAUGCAAGCCAACUUCCUGAUUUCUUUGGUGGUUUGUGCACUUGUUCUGAUGCUGGUGGCUGCCUUAAGUCCAACAAAGGGCCGUGGAAUGAUCCUCUUAUUUUGAAGCUUGCUCGUAAUGUUGAUAUAUCCUUUGUGAGGCAAAUCAGACACGAAUCUUAUGGAAAGCAAAGAGGCAAGUCCUGCAGAGCACAACCACCACUGAACGCAAGUUACAGUGGCACAUCAACAGCAGAAUCAGAAUCAGAUGCUGAUAAUAUUUCUCCUGUUCUGUCCAGAGAUUCCGAAUAUUCUCGUCUUGCUCCAGUUCAUGAAGAAGUUCGAGCAACCAAUUCCUGCAGCUGUGAAGACCGUUUUGGUGUGGUUGAUAAAGCUAUUGACCAUGGCACUCCCGGGGCAGGAUCUUCUAGAAUGUCAAUUAAAAGAGAUAGAGAACAAAUAAAUCGUGAUGGAAAUUCAGGCCUCAGUUGGCCCAACGAAGGAUCAAUUGAAGGAGUUUUGAGAUAUUUUGCAAUGGUCUUAAUGGCAUUAUUUUUCAAGCUUCUCUCCGCUUUUCGUAUUUUGUAUAAACAAAGCAGCAGCGCUGAGGCAAUUCAUCCUUCGUAUACGGCAGUAUCUCACGCUGAACAUAAUAAAGUUGUUGAGGUUGUCAAAGAAGACCGAGUUAAUCCUUGUUUAGAGCGUAUGGAGAGGCUUGAGGAAAUGUUCUCAGCGCUCAAAGGCAAACCUGCUGAGAUUCCUGUAGAUAAGGAGCGUGUGCUAAUGGACUCUUGGGAUAGAAUCAAAUCUAUUGAGUUUGAUCUAGAUAAAACCAAGAGACUUAUCAAGUCCACUAUAAUGAAGCAAAUGGAGAUCGCUUCAAGUUUAAGUGCUGUGCAGGAGUCCACCUUGAGAAAAAGGUCACAAUGUUGAGAGAUUAGAGUAUCGCUACACUCAAAAAAAAUCAUUUGGAUCCCAAUUUUAUGGGUGGAUUAAUCAAAUCCAGAGUAGCAUCCGCAGUCACUUCGAAGAGUUUUAAUGCUCCACCUGAUAUGAAAAAGCUGUUGUCUGGCAUUUCUGAAGAAAAUAAUAGCAGAAAAAUAAAUGGCUGUACUUGGUUGAUAUGUAGCCGGAAUGUCAUUUUUUGGUUCAUUAGUGCUGCUUCAGAGAGGCAGGCAUGAAUCGCUUGUAGAGCUGUAAAUUUAGAGGUGCUUCAGAAUACUUCAUAAGGCGGGCUUGCAGCACAAGCAGCCUUGGUGUUCUUCCCCUUUUUUAACUCCCUUUUUUGUUCCAUUUUUUGAAAAUUUUUUUCCUUGGUUGACAUUCUUUUUUGUAAGGUUUGAUAUAAGGAAAUAAAAAGAGAAUAUAGGGAGGUGAAAAAAGUGAACCACAGGAAAUUUCUGUUACUACAAAAUGAAGAGUUUAGUCCUCAACCUAAUGUUUUGUGUUGCUAUGUUCCUCUGUGUACAUUUUUACAU